AUGUCAUCUCCAAGGUUUGCCGUCUAUGUGACAUGUUUGUUCUUGUGGAAAAUGGCUCAUGCAACUGAUCCUAAAUUGUCGUCACCUGUGCGUCAAGAAAGAGGUUUUGCAUCAGUCGGUGUUGGAGACAACAUUACUUUGGAAUGUUUCUAUCAGAAUAACGAUGGAGCGUGGCUUCACUGGUUUAAGCAAACGCCGGGACAGAGACCAAAGCUGGUCUCCACCUUUUAUACGUACAGCCCAAAAGGCAGUUUUCAUCAUGAAUUUGAGAACAAUACACGCUUUGCACUGGAUACGGAUAAAUUAGGUGAAAAAGUCAUUCAAAAUCACUUGACAAUUUUUUAUUUAAAAACUUCAGACUCAGCAACUUACUACUGUGCAUAUAGCAAUUCAUUUAUGUUGACUUUUGCCGAGGGCACAGUUGUCAGUGUGCAGGGUUCUAGUACAAACAUCCCAGCUUUGCUCCAUCAGUCACCAUCAGAGACCAUCCAGCCAGGAGGCUCUGUGACUCUGAACUGUACAGUACAAACUGGGACCUGUGAUGGACAACACAGUGUUUACUGGUUCAAAGACUCUGAAGAAUCUCAUCCAGCACUCAUUUACUCUGAUGGAGGCAGCACUGAUCAGUGUGAGAGGAAAUCCAACACACAAACACACACCUGUGACUACAACCUGCCGAUGGAGAGCCUGAAUCCGUCUCAUGCUGGGACCUACUACUGUGCUGUUGCCUCCUGUGGACACAUUCUGUUUGGAAACAGGACCAAACUGGACUUUAAAGACAAAGGUGACCAUCUUGUCCUGGUGUAUUUAUUGAGUGGAGCUUUGAUACUCACCACCAUCUUAGUUUUUUUACUGGGGUUUUUUGUCUACAAGCUGAACAAGAAAAACAUCUGUCAGUGUUCGGAUUCUCACGUCACCGUAUCAGCUCCCUCCACAGGAAACACAGAGGGUUACCAAAGCGCACAGAGCCCUUAUUAUGCUGCUUUAAAUCUCAAUGUUCCCAGUGGAUCAAGGAGGCAGAAGAUGAACAUUGAUGCUAAAUGUGUGUACUCUGGCAUUAAGCAGUAAAAGAAACUUUAAGAUUUAAUUGUAUUUUAAAUGUGAAGUAGAUAUCAGUGUAUGAAUUCCGGUAUAAUUAGGAAUGACGUUUACAUUUAGACCUCAACAUUUAGUACAAGGGCAGGAACGUUUUUUUAAGUUCAUGCCAAGCCAUUUUGAAAAAAUUAGUUUUGUAUCAUCCUUAAUGAUCAAAUAUAGCCUAUAUAAUACUUUCAAAAUAUUAUGUGCAUGUGUGUUCAUUUACUGGAGAAUUUCCCUUGGUUUCUUAUUCAUUGAGGGGAUAAGUAGUAAAAAAUGUUCUGGUAAAGAAAAAGGUAUCAGGAGCAUCCCCAGACUGUGAGUUAUCAUUUAUUGCUGGAUUGUUUGUUUUCAAGCAUUCAGUAGGUCUGACUGGAUGGUCUUUGUGUCUUCUCCUGACAAUCUUGCUGCCCUUCAAAAAUUGUUUGAACACUCUGAAGAAUCUCAUUCAGCCCUCAUCUAGACUGAUGGAGGCAGCACUGAUCAGUGUGAGAGGA